AAAUGCAGAAUUAAGUGAGGGGUACAGAACAGUUUCUCUCACUGAAGGGUUGUACAGAUAUGCAUCCCCACAACAACAUGUACAGAAGUGAGUAGCGAGCUCUUGGCUCUGACUGAAAAUGAAACAAGGAAAAUUCUCAACUGAACUGUGAGGCAGCCAUUUAAAAGCCACUGCCUAUAUUUAGGGCAGUCACCCAAUCCUUUGAGUACAGCAGCUGUCUGUGUGCCUGAGAUACUGGGAAUGAAUCCUGGUCAACUUUAGAGAGAGCUUUGGACUUUUCCUCCAUUUUUUUUGUAUUUCAUACUGUCAGCUUUAGUUGGCAACACAGAGCACACACCUUGUGGUGUUUUUUGCUAAUUCUCUCAGGCAGACCUUUGAGAAUUUAUGGAUUUAAAAUAGUGUUAAUAAUGCAAUAUAGCAGUUGUCCAAAAGGCUUCUGCCACUGGACUGAAUUUGUCAGUUGCAGCAUUGGCAGUUGAACAGGGCUCCCAAGCAGCAUCUUCAGGAAUGCUUGGCACAUUCUGUUCCCAAAUAAUGCUAAAUGCAGAUUGUGGGACAACACUUUUAUCGACAGUGUUUAAAAACAUAUUUCCUGGUACAUUUUAUAAACACACAUCAUUUUGCAUAUUAUGUCUCCACUAAAUGUAAAAAGCAUGAAGGAGUUCAUGCUCAUUAGAAAAGAAUGAAGCUGGUACAGGCAGUGUUUGCUAAGACAGAAGUGUUUUUGAGGACCAAUCCUACAAUUUUUCUACCUUUUUGCCUGUGUUAUCCCAUAGACCUCAGCAAGGCUGUUGUAAGGCCAGAGUAACAUUUGCAGGAAAAAGCCCCUUUUAAGUAACGGGUACAGUGUGUUUUUCUACCUGAGAAGGGUUUUUUCUGUCCAUUCUAUCCAGCUGAUCUCAAUGGGGCUGUCGUACAGUCUGCAGUAGAAGACCCUUCGUUUAUAACAGGCUUCAAGGGGGAAGGAGUGCUGGUACAUUCCCCUUGACACGGAGCAGAGCUGUGGCAUCCAGCAUGGGAACUCUGAUUGACAUGGUGCCCCAACACACAUCACAGCCUGCUGCAUCCUCUCAACAACUACAGGCAUAUGUGGCCUGGGUGAACUCCCAGCUGAAGAAGAAGCCAACAAUAAAGCCGGUCCAAGACUUGAGACAAGAUCUCCGAGACGGAGUAAUUCUUGCUUUGCUCAUUGAGAUUUUAGCUGGUGAGAAGCUGAAUGACAUUCAGGUCAAUCCCACCAGCCAGCAGGAGAUGAGGGAAAAUGUGGAGAAAGUCUUACAGUUCGUGGCAUCCAAAAAGAUCCGCAUGCAUCAGACAUCAGCAAAAGAUAUUGUUGAUGGGAACUUGAAAUCUAUCAUGAGAUUGAUCCUGGCCUUAGCUGCUCAUUUCAAACCAGGCUCUGGGAGAGCAGUGAAUCAUAGCCCAACUGGCACGGUGGGGAAGAGCUUGCCAGUGUCAUCUGCCAGUCACAGGCCUCGCUCAGCUGCUGCAGUGGCCCAAGGGGCAGUGGCUGCUCUGGCAGAUGUUCGUCAGGAUGUCUUGCAGUCCGGCCGAGAUGUUUUCCGGCACAGACAGAGAAACAGUGGCAUGGAUGAGGAGAUUGAAAACCCCUACUGGAGUGUCCGGGCAUUGGUGCAGCAGUAUGAAGGGCAGCAGAACAUGCCACUGGAGUCCCACCCUUCCAGUCUUACAUCGCCCAGUCCCAUCCACAGCGCAAAGAGCGAAUCCACUGUAGCCCCGUCGGAGGAGAAGGAAAGACUUGUGAUCAUCCACACCGAAGAAACAGAAACUAAACCAGAAGAGACAGAAUCUCAUUUCCAGACUGAGUGGCAUGCCAGGAACCGUGGGUUAUAUUUAGAGAAUUCGUGGGAGGAACAGCUUUUGGAACAACAGGAUCAUUUGGAAAAGGAAAUGGAAGAAGCAAAGAAGAUGAUCUCAGGUUUGCAGGCUUUGUUGCUCAAUGGGUCUUUACCAGAGGAUGAGCAGGAAGGGUCCUUUGAGCUUUGUGAACGUGGAGCCUGCCCUGAAGAGCAGCUGAUUAUAAUCCGGAGUCGCCUGGACCAGAGUGUGGAAGAAAAUCAAGACCUAAAGAAGGAGCUAUUGAAAUACAAACAAGAAGCUCGAAACCUCCAGGGCAUAAAGGAUGCUUUACAGCAAAGGCUGAUCCAACAGGAUGCUUCAGUUCUUCAGCUAAAGCAGGAACUGCUGAGAGCAAACAUGGACAAGGAGGAAUUGCACAACCAGAACGUUGAUCUUCAGAGGAAGGUUGAAGAGAGAAACCGGCUACUGGCAGAAUACAAAAAAGAACUGUGCCAGAAGGAUCGGCAUUUACAGCAGCAUCAGACCAAACUGGAUGAAAUGCUUAGGCAGCUUUCUGAGGCCACUUACCAACAGGUAGAUUUGGAGAGGGAACUGGAGCACAAAGAGGCCCUGCUAGCUCACUGCAUGAAGAGAGAAGAUGAAGAGGUGAUGGCUUACAGUGGUCACAGUGCUCAGAGCAAUGGCUUCCUCCAGACAGCAGGAAAAGGAGCUGCUCCCACAGCUCACAGAGAGACAAAUGACCUGCAGCUGGUUCGUGAUGCCCUUCGCAGCCUGAGGAAUAGCUUUAGUGGCCAUGACCCACAGCACCACACCAUUGACAGCCUGGAGCAGGGCAUCUCCAGCCUCAUGGAACGGCUCUACCGCAUGGAGACACAGAAGCGGCAAGAGAGAAGGAUCCGUGGGAAAUCACCGGCAAGCAGAGCAACACCUGAGUGUAGAGACUCCUGGCCUACCAAAUCCAAGCUGCCUCAUUCUCACAGCACACCUGUGAUGAGCACCAGUGCCUGCACCAAAGUGUUGUACUUCACUGACCGCUCCCUCACACCUUUCAUGGUCAACAUACCAAAGAGGUUAGGGGAAGUGACUCUGAAGGAUUUUAAGGUAGCUAUUGAUCGUGAAGGAACCCACCGGUACCACUUCAAAGCCUUGGAUCCAGAGUUUGGCACAGUGAAGGAGGAGAUAUUCCAUGAUGAUGACAUCAUUCCUGGUUGGGAAGGGAAAAUAGUGGCCUGGGUGGAAGAAGACCAUGGGGAGAAUUAAUCAAGCUUUGAAGUCUUAUCACUAUGGAAACCUGUAACUGGUUGCUGAGCUCAAAGAAUGACCAAAAAGCAUGUAUGCUGGAAGGAGUCCAGUUCAAGCUGCCAAAAAAGAGGGCUUCUCUGCAAACAACGGGUAGUGCAUGUUGUAUGCAUGGACUCCUGGCAUCUGACUUCCCAUGCCCAAACACAGACAGUGUUCUGAGACUGAAAUGACAGGUCUGUGGGAAAUAAACACCUUGCUUUUUUCCUGUCAACUAAACCCUGAAGGCCUUAAUGCUGUAUUGCUCCCCUCCACCUCCAUUCUUGCAAUGUGUGGUGCAGACUUUGAUCUGGGCAUUUCAAGUCUGUGUUUUUGUACAUAAAUCUGCACUGAUGGCAAAAAUGUGAAGCUUUGUGUUCAAGAGUCAGAAGAAGCCUGUAGGUUAUGUGAAGGUUUGAACAACUUCAGUCCUGGACUUGGACAAGCUGCACAGGAGCACAGUGAACUUUCUGGAUGCCCUGGGAAGGGAUGACAGUCUUCUGGAGGUUUUACACAUGGUCUAAAGCAAAGAUCACCAGCUUGGCACAGCUCCCUUUCUCCCAAACUCAGGCUUCCAUUUCCUAGUCCUGCUCUUCCCACUUGCUCCCCAAAGUGGUACUCACUUCUGAGCCCCUCUGGGUUUGUUUCAUUGCCAUGGGGACUGGGGGAUCUUGAUGCUUGCUUAUUUGCUAAAGGGUUUCAUUUAUGGGGAGCUGAAAUCAGCAGCUUCCCCGAGAUGCUUAUAACCUCUCUCCUUGUUGAGCCCCUUUCCCUGCACUCCUGACCUCUCCUCUUUCAGCAAGGCAGUUUUGUUACUUGUGCACAGGCAUCCCUGUGUGCUGCUGUCCACCCAUUGUCAGCACCACCAGACACUUAUCCACACCAGCAGGAUAAACUCAGUCAGUUACACCACCAGUUCACUGCUAUGCCUGUCCCUGAGGUGCCUGAAAGAUCAGGAAAUCAGUGCUUGGGAAAGAACAAGCCCUAAAAUCCUUUAGAGUGGGGUUUUCUUGUUGCUUUUUUGGGGUUGUUGUUUGUUUCUGCAUUGCCUGUGCCUGUGCUGCUGCUGCCAGUCAGAUGUACUUCCAAAAUGCUGGCUGCAGUGUACAGCAGACACUGUUGACUAAAGGUGAAAUGGCAAGUCAAGGCUGUGCUCACUCUCGGUCCAUGUGGCCCUUCCGUGGGCUACCUGUGUGUCUGCUGUUGGCAGGGGGGUCAGGGGGGGUGAGCCUGGUUUUACUGGUUUAUAUUAACAUGUCCUUUUGUAAACAUGCUGCUGUUCUUGGAAUUAUUUUGUACCAGGUUUGUUUGUCUGAGGACUGUGGAUAUUUUUAUACUAGUGCAAGUGCUUUAUGUAUAUUUCUGCACGCAUUAUACCGUGUUUUACUCAUUUUCUAGUGGGAUGUUUUGUAUCAUCUUCUAUUAACACAACAUGGGGCUCAACUCUGUCUUACUAUGGAAAUUCAACUAGUUCCUACUGGGUUUUGUGUUCCUGCUGGCUUUAGCACAGGUUUUCUCACUGCUUCACUUUCAGGAAGCAGCUGAAGCUCUUGUGUGGCCAUGUGCCACAUUGGCACAACACAACAUGUCCUCUUCCAGGUGACUUGUGUUGGUGACUUUCUCCUUCGUAUGGCAGGAGGCAAGUUCACCACCAGCCUGCCAAGGGGAAUACAUCUCUCUUGGGAAAGAAACAAAUACUUUUUUCCCCCUCCUUGGAAAUAGUUUUGCUGUUGCAUGAUCUCUAGUGGGGUUGCUGAAGUGUGGGGUUGUUACACUGGAACCAGUUGUAUUUGAAGGGCACGUUUUUCUCAAGUGCUUCUUUCCUCAGUUCUGUUUUAAUCAUCAAUUUCAUUUCAGCAAGAGCCACACACCCAGGCUACAAUUUUAUGGGGGAAAUUCAGACCAUUUUCAAGGUCUGUAGUUGCCAGCUCUGUAUCCCUCUCUGCUGCUUAAGGAAUGAGCAGUUUCUUUUUCUGCCAUAGUGAUGUUGUGAGUGGAUUUAUUCUGCACAUGUGCUCUUAAUAUCAUACCUGAGGCUUGUGUUUAACUGUUUUGGAUCUGUUUAUUUCUGCCCAACUUUGCAGGAAGUUGCU